CUCUCUGACACGGGGGCCCCGCGCAGCGAGUUCACCCACAACUGCCCCUCCUAGUCCUCCUCCCCCCUUCUCCCUCCGCCCAGUUCACCAUUUCCGCGGCCGCACACUCCCCGCGGGGCGACGAGAGUGAGCGGGAGCGGGAGCGCUGCGAGAGAGGGCGAAGCCCUAACCCUCGACCCCCGACCGGAAGCCGAUGGCCGCGCUUUCCCCCGCCGUCUCCCUCCUGCUGGUCCUCGUCGUCGCCGCCUCCGCCGCGCUCGCGCCGGUGUCCUCCGCGGUGCCCUUCAUCGUCCUGCACGGGAUCGGGGACCAGUGCGGGAACGACGGGAUCGCCUCCUUCACCGAUGAGCUGGCGGAGUGGUCGGGAUCCAAGGGAUACUGCAUGGAAAUUGGGAGAGGAUCAUGGGAUUCUUGGUUAAUGCCACUUCAAGAUCAGGCAAAUGUGGUUUGCAAGAAGGUAAAGGAAAUGGAAGAACUUCGUGAAGGUUACAGCAUAAUUGGCCUUUCUCAGGGGAACUUAAUUGGGCGGGCAGUAAUUGAGUACUGUGAAGGUGGACCACCGGUAAAGAAUUUCAUCUCAAUUGGGGGUCCUCACGCUGGUACUGCUUCAGUGCCACUUUGUGGUUCUGGUUUUCUUUGCGUUCUUGUUGAUGCGCUGAUUCAACUGGAGAUAUAUUCAAACUAUGUGCAGGCACAUCUUGCCCCUAGUGGUUACCUAAAGAUUCCCACUGAUAUGACAGCUUAUUUGCAGGGUUGCAAAUUUCUUCCGAAGCUUAAUAAUGAGAUACCAAGUGAAAGAAACAUUACAUAUAAAGAAAGAUUUAGCAGCUUGGAGAACUUGGUACUGAUCAUGUUUCAGGACGACGCAGUCUUGAUACCUCGGGAAACAGCAUGGUUUGGUUAUUAUCCUGAUGGCGCCUUUAAUCCAGUGCUGCCUCCUCAAGAGACAAAGCUAUAUACCGAAGACUGGAUCGGCUUGAGGACUUUGGAUGAGGCUGGGCGUGUUAAGUUUGUGUCGGUGCCAGGAGGUCACCUCCGCAUAUCAAGGAGCGACAUGAAGAAGUACAUAGUGCCUUAUUUGACACCGUCAUGUGGAUCAUCCAAGCAGAGUAUUCGUCGAAUCUUGUCAUAUUGAGGAUAGGUAAACCACGCUUGCGGCUGUAAUUGCACUUGUUCUGGGUCUUUGUAAGCCCAACCCAUGUCUCUCUGCAUUAUUACCUUAUAAAUACAUUGGCGAAACAGACUGGAACCAUAACGUUGCUGUGUUCGGGGUAAAUAGACUGGCGAGUUUGCAGCAA